AUGUCUGACGUCGGCCUGACUUCUGCCCCACCCUCGCUACCAACCUUCGCCAGCCUCGGAGUUUCGCCGCCCGAAAAAUUUGAUCCUCCAGCUGUUGCACGCGACUGGGUCGGCAGCUUUGCCGGUUCCAUUGACAACCGCGACGUGCAAGGCCUCAUCUCGACCCUGCACGCCGAGCCGUGGUGGCGCGACAUUUUCGCGCUGACCUGGGACAUCCGCACCUUUCAGGGCCGCGCAAAGAUCGAGACGUUUCUGAACGACCGCCUUACCGAGACGGGUUUCGGCAGCGUCGCGUUCGUCAGUGCCGUCUAUCAGCCCGUCGCGCCCGACCUCGCGUGGAUCCUCGUGCACUUCUCAUUCGAGACGACAGUUGCUGCUGGAAAUGGCAUCGCGCGUCUCGUGUACUGCGCCGACGAGUCGUGGCGCGCGGUCACGGUGUCGACGCACCUCGACGGGCUCAAGGCCCAUCCAGAGCUGACGAGCGCGGACCGCGACUUUCGAGUAAUCCAAGGCGACUGGGUUGAGCGGAGGAAGAAUGAACUCGAGUUCGCAGACACGAACCCGGAGGUGCUGAUGAUUGGCGGCGGGCAAGCAGGCCUCGAGAUCGCGGCUCGAUUAAAGCACCUCAGGGUUAGUCAUCUGAUUGUUGAGAAGAAUGCUCGUAUUGGAGACAACUGGAGAACGCGCUACGAUUCACUGACUCUUCAUGAUCCCAUAUGGUGCAAUCACAUGCCGUACCUCCACUUUCCCACCUCUUGGCCAGUCUUUCCUUCUUCCAAACAGGUGGCAAAUUGGUUGGAGUUUUAUGCCGAAGCACUCGAGCUGAACAUCUGGCUUUCGUCUGAGGCCGUUAGCGCGGUCCGCAACGAGGCCACAAACAAGUGGGACGUAGUAAUCCGGCGUGGGGACGGGUCAUCUCGGACGAUGCACGUGGACCAUAUUGUGCUAGCGCAGGGGUUCACGUUCAAGAAGACGGUGUUUCCUGGACAGGUGGGUAUCGAGGACUUCCACGGACAAAUCAUGCAUUCGAGCGAAUUCAAGUCGGCUAAAGGCCUUGCAGGCAAGAAGGUAGCGAUAAUUGGGGCCUGUACCUCGGGGCAUGACAUCGCUUCAGAUUGUGCAGACAACGGCGUCGAUGUGACCAUGGUCCAGCGCAGCUCGACGUACGUCAUGUCAAUAGAGAAGGGAAUCCUCACGAAUCUCCCAGCGGCGGAAUGGGAGGGGUUAUCGCUCGAAAAGGGGGACAGUAGCAGGAUUUCGAUGCCGUUCCGCUUCCAGAAGGGCCUCGCGCAGCGCGGGGCGGCGAAGAUCCGGGAUCUCGAUAGGGAGAUGCUUGAAGGACUCGAGAAGGCCGGCUACAGGACCAACAGCGGCACAGACGACACCGGGGUGCUCUAUUUGCUCCUCGAGCGCGGAGGUGGAUACUAUUUCGAUGAUGGUUCCUGCCAGAAGAUCAUCGACGGGAAGAUCAAGAUCAAAUCUGGUAUCGAGGUCGACAGGAUCACCAAGACCGGCGUCCUUUUCAAGGACGGGAGCGAACUACCUGCAGACAUUGUAGUUGUCGCUACCGGGUUCGACGACGCCCGCGUGCCGAUCCGGAAACUCGUAAGUGAGGAUGUCGGUGUAAAGAUUCCGCCCAUUUGGGGCUUGAACGAGGAAGGCGAACUCAAGGGUCCCUGGCGCGAGCUCGAGGGCUUGCCAAAAAUGUGGCUCAUGAUGGGCAAUUUCUUCUGGUGUCGCUACUUCUCUAAAAUUAUAGCGUUGCAGAUCAAAGCAAAGCAGGAGGGUCUCUAUGGAACGCGCUACGCGGCACCUACCUCUUGA